UCAUUUGAAAAAAAAAUAAGCAAUAAUAUUGAUAAUAAAUAAACCACUUGAAAUUUGUCGAAAAAAAAUAUCAUUUUAAUCGAAACAAAAGUCAAUCACGUUUCUAUUUGUUUAAAAAAAAAUAAUAAACACUAAUUAACAAUAAAUAAUAAUAAUAAUUAAAUACAAGUAAAGUUUCAAGUAAUAUUCUAAUCGAAAUUUUGUUUUUAUAUUUUUACAAUCAAUCUGCUGAUUGAAUCAGUGGUUUUUUAAUUUUUUUUUAUUUUUCUAUACGUGUUUGGAUAUUUUCCACCUCCACUUUUGUUGGAAUAUUAAAUUCCCUUCUCCUAUCCUUCAUGAGGAGUCAACAAGAUGAUAUAAAAUCAUUGUCAUCGCGUCAAAUUGGAAUCAGAUCCACUGCUGUGUUGAUCAUUAUUUUAAUCAUAAUGUUUUAUAUUUUUAUAUUUUUUUUACUAUCACAACAAUCUAUUGCCGAACAACAUGAUGAAUAUUUUUUACCAUGGCAUUACACUUGCGUUGGUGGUCUUUGUAAAAAAGCUGAAAUAACACCAGAUAUUAAAGAACCAUUGUCAUUGGAUGUUUGUCAAUUAUUUUGUGGUGUUGGUGGUGCACUGUGGCCAGCACCAACUGGUCAUGUAUCUCUUGGUGAUUAUGUGGCUCAUUUGGAUCCAGAAAAAAUUAAUUUACAUGGAAUUGAGACAAAAUCAUCUGUUGGAAAUUUAUUGACAAAAAAUAUUAAUCUUUUAAAAUCAAAUAUUAAAAAAAUUGGUGGUGAUGCAGCUCGAGCUGGUGGCUUUGGUCUUGCAAUUAAUAUUUUGGGAUUGACAAAUCCAAAUGAUGUUAGAAUGACUCUUCAAACAAAAGAAGAUUAUAUACUACAAAUUUUUCAACCUGAUGUUGAUGUGAUAAAUGCAACAAUAACAUCUGAAAGUUACUUUGGUGUUCGUAAUGGUCUUGAAACAUUGUCACAGCUUAUUGUAUUUGAUGAACUGUAUAAUAAAAUUCAAAUAGUUAGAGAUGCCCAUAUUGAAGAUUCUCCAGUAUAUCCAUAUCGAGGAAUUCUUCUUGAUACGUCAAGAAAUUUCGUAGACAAAGCAACGAUACUACGUACUAUUGAAGGAAUGGGUAUGUCCAAGUUGAAUACCUUCCACUGGCAUAUUACAGACUCACACAGUUUUCCUUAUGUCAGUAAAACACUGCCAAAAAUGUCAAAGUAUGGAGCUUACACUCAGAAAAAAAUUUAUUCACCUGAUGAUAUCAAGGAAAUUGUUGAAUUUGGUCUUGUUCAUGGUGUAAGAGUCCUUCCAGAGUUUGAUGCACCAGCUCAUGUUGGUGAAGGCUGGCAGUGGGUUGGUGACAAUGCAACUGUUUGCUUUAAAGCUGAACCUUGGAAUAAAUAUUGUGUUGAACCACCAUGUGGACAAUUAAAUCCAGCAUCAGAAAAAGUUUAUGAAAUUUUAGAAGGAAUUUAUGGUGAUAUGGUUGAAGAUUUUAAGCCAGAUAUAUUUCACAUGGGUGGUGAUGAAGUCAAUAUAAACUGUUGGAAUUCAUCAAGUGUUGUAACUGAUUGGAUGACUGGUGUACAGGGCUGGGGUUUAAAAGAGGAAAAUUUUAUUGAUCUUUGGACAAUGUUUCAAGAAAGAGCAUAUCAAAUAUUAAAAAAAUCAAAUGGUGAAAAAGAUCUUCCAGUUGUACUGUGGACAAGUGGACUAACAAGUGAAAAUAAUUUAAAACAUUUAGAUCCAGAAAAAUAUAUUAUACAAAUUUGGACUACUGGUAUUGAUAAAACAAUUGGAAGACUUGCUAAGGGAAAUUAUAAAAUGAUUUUCUCAAAUUAUGAUGCAUGGUAUCUUGAUUGUGGAUUGAGUGCUUGGGUGGGUGAAGGAACAAAUUGGUGUUCACCAUACAAAGGUUGGCAAAAAAUAUACAAAAAUUCACCACUGCAAUUGCUCAAGAAACAAGGUCAUGAAUCCAAAAAGCACCUGAUCCUUGGUGGUGAGGCUGCAUUGUGGUCAGAGCAGGUAGACAGUACUUCAGUUGAUUCAAGACUCUGGCCAAGAGCAGCAGCAAUGGCUGAAAGACUCUGGGGUGAACCAGAAUCCAGUUGGAUUCAUGCUGAACAAAGAAUGCUUAGACAUCGUGAACGUCUAGUCAGUCGAGGUAUUCUUGCAGACAGCUUGGAACCAGAGUGGUGCUUACAAAAUCAAGGCCACUGUUAUGCCUAAUUUACUAAGCCAUUAUUAUCAUUUUUAUUCUAGUUUUUCUUGUCAAAUACGAUAUCUUUGUAAUCAUCAAGAAAAAUAAAAACAAAUUUUUUAAUCUCA